AUGACUGAUUCCGCCAAGGAUAGUCUAGAUGUGAACACCAAGCCUAGUGAUACUACCCCCGUGAAGCGCAAACCGCCAAAACUAAGACGCAAACCGCCGGCUACUGAGGAGUCACCUACUGAGAAGAAAGCUGCGCCAGUUGAGGAGACGUCUAGUGUUGAGAAACUCCCGACUAAGGACUCAGAUUCGGACCAGAAGAAACCUUCCAAGGAGUCCGGCGCUGAGAAACCUGUGGAGGAACCCCGCGGUGGGAAACAGCCUGCUACCAGCGAGGAACUCCCGCCCAUCGAAAAACUUUCUAUCUCGGACGAAUCGCCCUCUCCUGAGAAGCCCGAAGAGUCACCUCCAGUUGAGAACUCAUCCCCAACCCAGGAACCACCGGCCGAGGAGCCAUCAUCCCCCGAAGAACAGCCCCCCUCUCCGGAACCCGCUACAAACGAGACACCCCGGCCCACCGAAGAAGCACCUCCACCAGAAGAGCCCCCGGAACAUUCGCACUCACCAACGCCAUCAAACCAACCCGACUCCCCCGCAAAACCCGACCCAAUGGCCGACGACGCCAAGUCCGCCUCCUCAAUGGACGAGCUCAGCGCGCCGAGCUCCCCGCAACCCGAGCCCGAACACCAACCGGAACCCCAGCGCCAGCGCCAACGCCAGCAACGCCGACAACGCCCCGUGGCCACCCCGCCGCCCCGCGACCCCUCCACCGCAUCGAGCUACCGCCAACAACGCCGCCGCGGCCAGCGCAACGCCGGAAACCAGGACCUGCUCCCGCUGGGCUCGCUGGGCGACACCGGCAACCUGACGCGGGGCGCGGGCGAACUCGUCCAGGACACCGCGGGCAAGGCCGUCAGCACGGUGGGCAACACGGCCGGGAAGGCGGUGGGCGGGGUGCUCGGGGGCGGUGGCCAGCAGCAGCAGAUGCAGGGCCAGGGCCAGGAGAAAGGGGGUGGGGGUAAAGAGGAGCAGCUGCGGUUGCGGCUGGAUUUGAAUCUCGAUGUCGAGGUGCAGCUUAAGGCGAAGAUUCAUGGGGAUUUGACGUUGCAGCUUUUGAAUUGAGAGGUUGGUUGAGGGUGGUUUACUUGAGCGGGGUUGUUGGGUUUUGUUAUGGGUUUGAUGUGUUUUUGUGGUUGAGGGCGCGAUGGGAGUUUAUACUCGGUUACAUUCCGGAGAGCACUGUCUCUUGAGUAUGGAUGGUGAGUGCGAAUGUACAUGCGUACUGUAAGCGCGGCUCGUUUUGCCUUUCCUUUCAUGUGUGCUAGUAUACAUCCAUCCUAAAUAUCCCACCUCUCUCAAGGAGUGGUACUACGUAUACGUAUCCCCGUCUCGAGCAUCUACCCCUCCCCAGAAGAUAGCGUAAGCCCUUCCAAAGGUAUCUGCUCCUCAGUAGUCUCCUUGCUCGUCGCCUCCCCAUCCUCGCCUGAUUCUCGGCCGGAAAACGAGUCAUACGCCUCCUCCUCCCCAGACCACUCCCC